GCCGCCCAUGGCCGCGGCCUCGGGCCAUGGCGGAGCCGCCGCCCGGAGCCGGCGCUCCGCGGGGCCGCGGCCGGGCCUGGGAGCGCGGCGGCUCCGCGCAGGACCGUGAGGACGGCACGGAGCCCUCCGGCCCCGCUCACAACGGUUCGGGCACGGAUCCCCCUGGCCCCGCUUUGAACGGUCCGGGCACGGAUGCCCCCGGCCCCAUUCACGACGGUUCGGACACGGAGCCCCUCGGUCCCGCUGAGGACGGGCCGGGCACGGAGCCCCCUGGCCAUGCUCACAACGGUUCGGGCACGGAGGCUCCCGGCCCGCAGGAAGACACGGAACCCCCUGGCCCCGCUGAGGAGGGGCCGGGCGCGGAGCCCCCCGGCCCGCAGGAGGACGCGGCCGCCCCGCUGGGGCCGGAGCUGUCGCUAGUGCCGCCGGAGCUCCGCGCGCGGCUGCUGGACCGGCGGGACUACCGGGGCCGUGCCCAGGCCGUGGAGCAGCUGCGGCGGGCGGUGGAGGGCUGCAGCCCCGCCGCGCUGGGCGCCGCGCCCGCCGCCGCGCUGCUGGGGCUGAUCGCGCUGCUGGACGCGCUGCUGCACGACCCCAACUUCGCGGUGGCGCGGGGCGCGCUGGAGGUGACCCGGCUGCUGGCGCUGCGCCUCGGCCGCCGCGUCCCCGCCGUGCUGGCCCCGCUGGUGUGCGCGGCCGCCCGGGCGCUCGGGGACGCGCAGCCGGCCAUGCGGCGGGACAGCGCCCGGCUGCUGCUGCGCCUGAUGGCGGCGGCCGGGCCGCGGCCCGUGCUGCGCCUGCUGCUGCAGGAGCGGCUGCUGCGGCACCGCAGCGCCCGGCUCCGCGAGGAGCUGCUCAACACGUGCAUCGCCGCGCUGCUCGCCUACCCCGCCGCCGAGCUGGACCUGCCCCAGCUGGCGGCCGCCCUGGCGCCGGCUCUGCUGGACGCCAAGCGCAGGGUCCGGCACGCUGCCAUGGAGGCGUUCGCCGCGCUGGCCUCGGCCCUGGGCCCCGGCAACGCCGGCACGCUGCUCCGCGCCCUGGACGCGGUGGAGCUGCGGGCCGGCGGCGCGGGGGUGGCGCACGCCGUGCGGGCCCGGCUGGCCAGGAACGUGCUGCCCCGGCUGGGCGAGCAGGGACUCGUGGAGUACGGCGUGCCCUUGCCCUGCUCCGGCCGCUGCCGCGGGCCCUGCCCGCCGCCCGGCGCCGACACCGAGUGGCUGCUGAUGGGCGGCAGGAGCCGGAGCGCGCACGGGCACUGCGGGCAGCCCGCCUGCCGCGGUGCGCUGCACGGCCCCGACUGUGCCCCGCGGGGACUGAGCCCCAGGAGAGUGCUGAGCGCCGGCAGAGGCAAAAACAAGCUGCCCUGGGAGAACGAGCCGGCUGCGGACAGGGAAGGUGGCCCGGGGGUGAGGAUGCCCGUCGCGAAGGGUGUGGAGCAGCUGGCUGCAGCCAGUGAUUUCCUGCACUCCCCGAAGCUGCGGCCCUCGCAGGGGAUCCCAGGCAGUGCUGAGCUGCUUUUCAGCAGGAGCAGAACUUCCAGGACUUUACUCCAGCCCAGUGUGGAGCUGACCUCUGAGCACCCUGCCCUUGCUGCUGGUGCUCUGGGCUCUCAGCAGCCCCAGGUUUCAGGGAAGUGUGGGACCCUGGGAUGCUCUCGUGGGAAGAGUGGCAGUGUGGGCUCUGAUUUGCAGUUUUUGGGCCUGAAUAACUGCCAGCAGGACAAAGUUUCUUCCAGCCUCAGUUUUUCCAGCAAGACCCAGAGAAGUUUUUGCACUCAGGCAGAGCCCACCAUGUCCUUCCAAGGUCCCAGUGCCAGCCAGGGCACCUUCAUCCUGCCCUCCUUCCCCCUGUCAUCCCCCAGGAACAGCCCCAAGCACCUCUCUGCUCCUGCUGGCCCUGCAGGGCAGUCCCAGGAGGAUCCCAGGAGCCUCUCCAGCUCCUGGCCUCUCAAAAGCUUCCAGGGGUUGCCUAAGCCUGGUUGCCAGAAGCAGCUGCUCAGCCAAAAGCCAGGAGACAGCACAGGGGACAGCCCGCUGGAGAAGCCCCCCCUGCAGCUGGAGAAGCCCCCCCUGCAGCUGGAGAAGCCCCCCCUGCAGCUGAGGAGCACGCUGGGCAGAGCCCAGGGGCUGCGUGGUGCCCGGCCCGUGCCCCCCAUCCCGCGGCUGCCCAGCCCCCGGGAGCCCCCUGGCAGCAGGGAGGGCACAGAGCUGGCAGCAGGGCUGGCAGAGCUGCACCUGGAGCCCGAGGAGGUGGACCAAGAGGAGAUGCAGAAUUCCCUGCGGUCCCUGCGGAGCAGCGCAGCCAAGAAGAGAGCAAAGCUGAGCAGCAGCAUGGCCGAGCUGGAGAGCCCCGACUCGGCGGUGAAACUGGAAUUUCCCGGGGACUGCCCCUCGCUGGGCUCCUCCCCCGGCACCACCUCCACUGGCGAGAGUGGCAUUUCCAGCCAGGAGUCCCUGGGCUCCCCCGUGGCCACGCUGCCCCCCAGGAGGAGAGUGAUGUCAGACACUUUCCCAGCACUUGGCAGCAAAUCCCAUCCUGCAGAAGCAUCUCCAGCAAGGCCCAGAGGCACAGAGGGGGCAGAGCCCCUCCCCAGCACAGGUGUUCUUGGGAGCCCUCCUGCCCCAGCUGCCAGCCAGUCCAUGCCCUGUGUGGCCAAUGGGGAUGCCCAGGGUGCCAGGGAGGGAGCAGAGGCAGCCCCAGGGAGAAGCUUCCAGCAGAACAGCCCUUCCCAUUCCUGCUCCCAUGCAGGGAAGGAAGGAGAGAUAAAAAUGACCUUGUCAAAAUCUGCUCAGGAGAAGCUGAGGAGGAGGAGGAAAGAAGACAAAGAACACAACCAUAAAGAGCAGCAGGAAAGCAAAGACUUGGAAGGGAAGGAAGAAUUCCCCUGGGAAAGGAUUAGACUGAGUAUGAGUGAACCAGAGAAACUCACAGCAGAAAGGUUUAGUCUCUGUGGGGAUUUACUGACAUCACCGAGAAAUGGAUCUCUGUCCUUAGAAAAUGUGGCCUUGAACCCUUCCCUGAAAAGAACAUCCAGUUUGAAGAGGUCAAAGUGUUCAUCCUUGCUAGACUCUGAGGAGCCGUGCCCGGGCCGGGGCCGCUGCCGGGAGCCGCCGGUGACGCAGAGCCCCGAGGUGCUGGAGCCGGCCGAGCUGCUGCCCUUCCCCCGGCCCGAGCCCGCCCUGGCAGAGGCGCUGGCACUGCUGGCUGACCACGACUGGGAGAAGAAAAUUGAAGGUCUGAACUUUGUCAGGUGCUUGUCUGCCUACCAUGCCCCUAUUCUGACUGCAAAGCUCCAUGAAACAACUCUGGCUGUGGCUCAAGAGGUCAAGAAUUUACGCUCAGGUGUUUCUCGAGCUGCUGUGGUCUGUUUAGGGGAUUUGUUCACCCACCUGAAAAAGAGCAUGGAUCAAGAAGUAGAUAAUGCAGUAAAAGUCCUUUUGCACAAAGCUGGGGAAUCCAACACUUUUAUAAGGGAAGAGGUAGACAAGGCACUGAAGGCCAUGGUUAAUAAUGUGACUCCAGCACGUGCACUUUGUUCUCUUAUAAAUGGAGGGCAAAGCCACCUGCACUCGGCCGUGAGGAGAUGCACAGCCCAGCACCUGGGGGACAUCGUGGAGCGCCUGGGCCCCGAGCGUGUCCUGGCCGGGGGCCGGCCCGUGGCCGAGCGGCUGCUGCCCGCCAUCGCCAGGUUUGCCCAGGACAGCUCCCAGCAGACACGGUACUACGGGCGCAGGAUGCUCUUCAGCAUGAUGGCUCAUCCUGACUUGGAUAAAAUCCUGGAGAAGUUUGUGCCACCCAGGGAUUUGCCUUACAUUAAGGAAACUGUUGGCAGCCUACGAGAGAAGGGCCUGGGGGAGAUGCCCUUGGAUACACCCUCAGCCAAAGGAAGGCGUUCCCAGACUGGAAAUGUUGGACAUUUGAGGUCGUCCUCUACUUGCAGAGAUGCUCCCAUCAUCCCAGACAGGAAAAAGAAGACACACAAAAUGCUGGAAAUACCCAUUGCUAUCAGGGAUGGCCUUGGGCUUCAGGACAAAGGGACAAGCUGGUGUCAGAUCCCUCUUGGGAAGCCUCGUGGAGCAGUUCCAGCAGCAGACAAAGGCCUGGCAGCUCAUCCAGGGGACAGCACGGAGAGCCAGGAGGCCCCACGGAGAGCAGCCCCUCGCAGUGCCCUGGAGAGCGAGGAGUACCUCAGGGCCAUCGUGGGCUCGCUGAACGCCAGAGACUUCCGGGAGCGCAUCCGCGGCGCGCGGCAGCUGCUGCUGGACACGGAGAGCAGCCCAGCCCUGGUGCUCGCCAACAUCGUCAGGAUCUUUGAUGCUUUCAAGCCUCGCUUGCACGACUCCAACAGCAAAGUGACCCAGGUGGCUUUGGAGGCCAUGCACAAGAUGAUUCCUCUGCUCAAAGACAAUUUGUCACCUGUCAUCAACAUGGUAAUUCCUGCCAUAGUGGACAACAACCUCAACUCCAAAAAUCCAGGGAUUUAUGCAGCUGCCACAAAUGUGAUCCAGGCUCUAUGUCAACACUUAGACACCUCCCUGCUCCUGCAGCCGUUCUGCACAAAAGCCCAGUUCCUGAGUGGAAAAGCAAAGCAGGACCUGACAGAAAAGCUGGCUGAGCGGGUGCCGGAGCUGUGCCCCUCUCACAUGCGGGCCCCCAUUUCAAUGGUAACUGCACUGAGUGUUUUCUCCCGGCAGAGCUGGUGCCGGAGCUGUACCCUCGGAAGCCCUGUGCCGUGGAGCAGAAGGUGCUGCCCGUGCUGUGGCACCUGCUGGGCAGCUCAGCCACCGGCGGCUCCGUGCCCGGCCCCCGCACGGCCACGGCCGCCUUGGCCCAGGCCCUGUGGGCACAGAUGGGCCCCGGCCUGCUCGCCCACGCCGCGGCCCAGCCCCCGCACAUCAGGAAGAGCCUGGAGGAGCUUUUGGAGACCGGAACGUAAAAUCACAAAAUCGCCGUCCCCGCAGGUGAAGCUCCAGCGCCGCCUGAGCCGGGCACACGGACAGUGCUGCCGGACACGGGCGGGAACAGCCCUCAGCUGGGCACGGUGCCUGAGGGAGAGCCCCCGGAGCCGGGCUGGGCUGGACUGCACUGGGAGAGACACCGGAGCCAGGCUGGGAGAGCCUGGGGAGCUGAACUGGGCUGUGCUGGGCUGGCCUGAGGGCCUGAACUGGGCUGUGCUGGGCCAGCCUGAGGGCCUGAACUGGGACAGUGUGCAGGGCUGAACUGGGCCAUGCUGGGAGAGUUGUGCUGGGCAGUGUGGGGCUGGCUCCCCUCAUUGUCACCAGCAUGGCCAUGGAGGGGCUGCUCCAGCCCAUCUGUGCUUCCCUCCAGAGGCUCCAGCCCAGGACCUGUCCCUGGAUUGCCCAUGAAGAACCACACGGUCACAUCAGCAGUGCGCUGUACAUGGAGAAGUGGAAGAGGGUCGUGGACACAGUGAUGCAGUGCUGUUUGUGAAAAACAUGUAUUUUUGUACCCCCACAGGCAGUGGUGCAGUAUUUGUUGUCUCAGGGCUGGGCAGUGGGGAGAAUGAGCCCUGACUCUUCUUCUCCAGCUGUGGGCUCUGGACACAUUUGACAUGGGACACAAUGGGAUAUAUAAAUAAAGGGAUUUAUUUCUGUA